CCCGGAGACGGCGACGGGCCGCUUGUACGCAGGCGCGGAGUCGGAGGCGUCGCGCGGUGACUGGUGGAACAUGGCGGCUUCGCAGGCAGUGGAGGAGAUGCGGACACGCGUGGUUCUAGGAGAGUUCGGGGUUCGCAAUGUCCAUACCACUGACUUUCCCGGUAACUAUUCGGGUUACGAUGAUGCCUGGGACCAGGACCGCUUCGAGAAGAAAUUCCGUGUGGACGUCGUACAUAUGGAUGAAAAUACAUUGGAGUUCGACAUGGUGGGAAUUGAUGCUGCCAUUGCUAAUGCUUUCCGGAGAAUUCUGUUAGCUGAGGUGCCAACAAUGGCGGUGGAAAAGGUUCUGGUGUACAAUAACACAUCCAUUGUCCAGGAUGAGAUCCUUGCUCACCGCCUAGGGCUCAUCCCCAUUCUUGCUGAUCCACGUCUGUUUGAGUAUCGGAACCAAGGGGAGGAAACAGGAACAGAGAUAGACACACUGCAGUUUCGGCUGCAGGUCAGGUGUACCAAGAAUCCCAAUGCUGCUAAGGAUUCUUCUGACCCCAGUGAACUCUAUGUGAACCACAAAGUAUAUUCCAGGCAUAUGACGUGGAUCCCCUUGGGAAAUCAGGCCGAUGUUUUCCCAGAGGGCACAAUUCGCCCAGUGCAUGACGACAUCCUCAUCGCUCAACUUCGGCCUGGCCAGGAGAUCGACUUGCUUGUGCACUGCGUCAAGGGCAUUGGCAAAGAUCACGCCAAGUUCUCACCGGUGGCAACAGCUAGCUACAGGCUCCUGCCAGACAUCACCCUGCUUGAACCUGUAGAAGGGGAGGCAGCUGAGGAGCUGAGCCGGUGCUUCUCACCCGGUGUGAUUGAGGUACAGGAAGUACAAGGUAAAAAGUUGGCCAGAGUUGCCAAUGCUCGUCUGGAUACCUUCAGCAGAGAAAUAUUCCGGAAUGAGAAGCUGAAGAAGGCUGUGCGGCUUGCCCGUGUUCGGGACCAUUAUAUCUUUUCUGUGGAGUCCACUGGAGUUUUGCCACCAGAUGUGUUGGUGAGUGAAGCCAUCAAAAUCCUGAUGGGGAAAUGCAGGAAGUUUUUGGAUGAACUAGACGCAGUUCAGAUGGGCUGACGUUUCCAGGAUAGCGAGGCAGCUCCUGGACAACCAUCUUUCACCACUGCAUGGAUGUGCCUACUGCAACUAGAGGUUCAAUUCUCAGUCAAUACAUUUUAUUAAAUGUGCCACAGAUUAAGACUUAUGCCUUUGUAAGGCCUUUGUAAAUAAACGGAUAACCUAGCACAA